AUUGAAUAUAAUUAUAUGUAUAUGAAAUAUGUAUUGAACUAUAUAAUUUGACAGCACUAAUCUUUAUUCUAAUUUAAAUAGUUGUUGUCAAUAUUUAUUGUAAUUUGUCUAAAAAUGACGAAUACAUUACAAAAUUGGAGUCCAUUUGCCAAAGAAUAUGAUCCUUUAAAAGCAGGUAGUAUUGAUGGUACAGAUACAGAACCACAUGAUAAAGCUAUUAGCCGUGCGAUACAAGCGCAUUAUGAAUCUCCUCAUGGCUUAAAAUCAAAACCAGAAAGAACAUUAUUCGUUGCUAGAUUUGGUCCAAAAAUUACAAAACAUGAUUUAAAAGAGUUUUUCUCUAAAUAUGGAGAGGUCAUAUCGGCAAAAGUUAUAGUUGAUAUUGUAACUGGAUUAUCUCAAGGCUACGGAUUUGUAGAAAUGAGAAGCGAAGAUGAAGCUAGAAGAGUACUUAGACGUUGUGUUGAUGCUACAUUAAAAGGUUAUCAAAUUUUUAUAGAUUAUGAGUGUGGACGCACUUUGAAAGGAUGGAAACCAAGAAGACUUGGUGGUGGUUUUGGUGGUAAAAAGGAAUCGGGUCAACUUAGAUUUGGUGGAAGAGAUAGACCUUUCAAAAAACCAAUUGUACCUAAUAUAAUAAGGUCUCAUCAUCAUCAUCAAGAACAUACACAUCAUCAUACACAUCAUCAAUAUCAUCACCAUCAUCAUUAUCAUCAUCAUCAUCGUCAUUAAAAUUUUAUAUUUUAAUCUUAUUUUUGUAAGUUUCA